UAGAAAUCUCUCUUGUUAAUUAAUUCUACAUCACAUCUUUGCCUACUCUGGAAAGUCGGACUCAAAUUUUGGAAGAACCAGAAUUCAGCGAAACAACUUUAAGAGCAUCAACUGCACAUAAAUACACUUUUCCUUAAAGAGGCAUUCCUGUAGGACCCCAACACAGCGAUCGAAUAUUUGAUAUAAUUGUACCUGGAAAGGGCUGAAGUUUGGCUAUCUAACGUGCUCGCAUACUGGAGGAUUGAGGGAUUUGCCUUUGCUUUUGCAUUCCUAAGUGUGUUAUCAUGCCAGAGGAUCCGUCCACUGUUGUUUCUCACGUUGCAGCUUCAGGAUUCGUCACUGAAAUAACUCGACUUAUAUUUGAAACAAUGGAUGCUGCGAAUUCUGUUGUUGUACAGCAGGAAAAUUUCAAUAAAUUUUCAAAUUUCUUGGAGAAAAUUGCAUUGGUCCUAAAAGAGUUAUCGAAGGCUGGAACCAGUAAAAUCACUAACUUAAGUCCUGCUUUUGAGGAUCUCAAGCUGGAGAUAGAAUUGAUUAAGCAACUAGCUCUGGACUGCAAAAAUAGGAACAAAAUUUAUCUCCUAUUGAACUGUCGGAGGAUUGUCAAGUUCUUUGAGAGUAGUACGAGGGAUAUUACUCAGACUUUGUUGCUAAUGACUUCGGAACCUCUGAAUGUUUUACCAGAAAUCGCUGAUCAGCUGAAAGAUUUAUGCAAGAAAAUGCUGGAUGCUAAGUAUGAUAUCUCUACCAAGGAGGAAGAAGUUUCAGUGAAAAUUGAAUCAGGAAUACAAGAGAGGAAUGUUGAUAGAUCCUAUGCAAAUGAUUUGCUCAUUUGUAUUGCCAAAGCUGUUGGAAUCGCAAACGAGCAAUCACAACUGAAGAAAGAAUUUGAAGAAUUCAAAAGAGAAACUGCAAGUAGUGAACAAGGGAAGAACCUGGCUGAGACAUUACGGAUGGAAGAGAUUAUUCUAUUACUUGGCAAGGCUGAUUUGCUUACAACUGCAGAAGAAAAGCAGACAAAUUACUUGACUAAAAGGAACUCUUUGGGUAGGCAACCAUUAGAACCUUUGCAAUCAUUUUAUUGUCCGAUUACUGGAGAUGUCAUGGAAGAUCCGGUGGAGACUUCUUCCGGGCAGAUAUUUGAAAGGGCAGCGAUUGAGAAGUGGUUAGCAGAUGGCAAUAAGCUGUGCCCCUUGACCAAAAAUCCCUUGAAAAGAUCAGAUCUCAGGUCCAAUAAAAUGCUGCGUCAGUCAAUUGAAGAAUGGAAAAACAGAAACAUCAUGGUCACGAUCGCUUCCAUAAAACAGAAAAUUCAGACAAACGAUGAGGAAGAAGUGCUUCAAUCUUUGCAGAAGUUGCUGGAGUUUUGUGUAAGGAGUGAGCUGCAGAGAGAAUGGAUAGUGAUGGAAAAUUACAUUCCAGUUACUAUAGAUCUUCUAUGUGCAAAUAAUACUGAAAUAAGAAAGUCUGCUUUAAUGAUACUUUACGCCCUCGCAAAGGAUAGUGAAGAAGGCAAGGAAAGAAUAGGUACAGUAGAUAAUGCUAUUGGAUUGGUGGUGCGAUCCCUUGCACGCAAGCCUGAAGAAAGCACAAUGGCUUUGCAACUGCUUUUGGAGCUAUCGAGAAGUAGUAUAGUUCGGGACUUGAUGGGCAGUGUCCAGGGUUGCAUCCUUCUACUUGUUACUUUCAUGAAUAGUGAUGACUCUGUAGUUGCAAAGUAUGCAAGUGAGAUUUUAAAGAAUCUCUCUUUCCUUGAUCAGAAUGUUACUGAGAUGGCAAGAUUAAAUUACUGUGCACCCUUAUUACAACACCUAUGUUCAGGAACUGAAAGUAAGCGUAUGUUCAUGGCCAAAACCAUAUCAGAGAUUGAGUUGAGCGACCAGAUUAAGGUGUGCCUCGUAGAAAAAGGGGCACUGAAGCCACUUCUUGAACUUCUCUCUCAUAGCAAUACAGAGAUGAAAAGUAUUGCUGUCAAAGCACUUCAAAACCUUUCAACUGUCACACAAAAUGGUCAGCUGAUGGUUAAGGAAGGUGUCAGUGACCUGCUAUUUAAACUACUAUUUUGUCACACCUUGUCAAACGAAAUACGGGAACAUGUUGCAGCAACAAUUAUGCAACUUGCCAUGUCAACAAAUUCGCAAAGAUCGGAGGAUGUUCAGGUUUCACUGUUGGAGUCUCAUGACGAUAUUUUUAAACUCUUCUCUCUUGUAUCAUUGACUGGAUCUAACGUGCAACAAAGCAUUCUUCGUAUCUUUCAAGCGAUGUGUCAAUCUCCUGCAGGUUCUGAUAUCCGGACUAAACUGAGACAGAUUUCCGCAAUUAAGGUACUAGUCUAUCUAUGUGAACUUGAUGACCGUAAGGUACGGGCUGAUGCGGUGAAACUCUUCUAUUUAUUGACAAAAGAUGGCGAUGAUGAUAUUCUCUUAGAGCAUGUAAAUAGGACCUGCAUUGGGAACUUGGUACGGAUCAUCAGAACUUCGGAUAACGAAGAAGAGACUGCUGCUGCGUUGGGAAUAAUCUACUACCUUCCUCAAGAUUGUUCAAUGUAUCAACACCUUCUUGAUGCUGGGGCGCUCGAUGUCAUCUUAGACUGUUUACGCGGAAGAAAUGAACAUGCUUUACCAAGAAAUGAAGUCGUAGAGAAUGCUGCUGGAGCUCUUUGCCGUUUUACUCUUCCAACAAAUCCAGAAACACAAAAACAAGUUGCUGAAGCUGGUGUUAUUACUCUUCUGGUAUCCCUACUAGCGUCUGGAAGUUCCUUGACUAAAAAAAAUGCAGCCACUUGUUUAAAGCAGUUAUCAGAAAGCUCGUGUAUUCUGAGCAAGCCGGCUAGAAAAAAUUGGAUGUUAAGCUGUUGUAUUGCAUCACCGACACAUGGCUGUCCUGUGCACUUAGGAAUUUGCAGUGUUGAAUCCACAUUUUGCCUUGUAGAGGCUAAUGCUCUCAGACCCCUCGCGGAAGUGCUAGACGAACCAGAUCCUGCAGCUUCUGAAGCUUCUUUAGAUGCAAUCUUGACUAUAAUUGAAGGUGCACAACUGCAGAAUGGUUCUAAGCUACUUGCAGAAGCCAAUGUCAUUGCUCUAAUCAUAAAAUUGUUGGGCUCAUCCUCUAUCGUUUUACAAGAAAAAGCUCUCAAGGCCUUGGAAAGGAUAUUUCGAAUGAUAGAAAUGAAGAAAAAGUAUGGGAUAUCAGCGCAGAUGCCACUUGUGGAAAUCACUCAGAAAGGAAGAAGUGACAUGAAAUCUUUGGCAGCUAAAGUUCUAGCUCACCUAAAUGUACUUCCUGAACAGUCUUCCUUUUUCUAAUGCACGCUCAAAUAUUCGAAAAGCACUAUACUCAUGAGACGAGUAGAUCAUCUACACUGAACUAUAGCACGUUCAUGCCAUUUGUUUCUCCGUUUUAUAUUUUGGAACUGUUUAGUACUCACAUAUUUUAGAGUGGGGUCUGUCAGAUAUGAAUUCUAGCUUUGCCUUUGUAAUGUUUAAGGUUGCCGCUAGGCCUGCUGGCGUGAUGUUGUAAUAGCAGAUCUGGAGAUCAAGGGGUGAAAUUUUCGUUAUCUGUGACAGUUCUACUUAGUUCUUUGAUAAAUAGUAGUA